AUGGUUGGCGAUGUAACCAUCGUGAUAAUCUUACAAUCCGGAUCUGGUGGAAGCUCACAAAGUGGAUCGGCAAGCUCAAAAGUGCUGCGAACACGAACGCGAACAAACUCUUUCGGAGAGUCGGACAUGCUGUUUUUUCUCCUGCAAAACGGAAGAUUGAGAAGAUCAGAAGAAAGGCUCAAAAAACUUAGAAAAGUACAAGAAGGAAAAGAAAAAGAAAAAGAACAGCGCCUAAACCCAAUCCCUAUAACAGAACACGACUAG